UCAAUAUGACAAUAUGUGAUCUAUACUUAGCAAUUGAUAAGAAAUUAUAAAUUAUUCACAAAUUAUCAACACUAUGCUUAAAAGUUAUACCCUAUUGUGAGUAGUAGAUUUCGAUGCUGCUAUACAUUUCCCUGUCAAAAAUGGAGUAUAGGCUGUCCAUCAUUUAAUAUGCAACCAAAAUUGCAGUGUGGUGGGGUCCAAUUGUCAUCAGUAUUAUUCCCUCUUCUGUACGGUAGUUUUCGCAUAUACCAUGAGCAAAAGUAAAAGAGGUUAUGAUUUUGGACUUUGGGUUCUGCUUUGCUAUAAUAUCCUCUUUCUGGUUGGAGCUGUUAUAAGUGUUCAUGCCUUUGUCUGUUUCUUUUACUGCUCUUGAAAGAGACUAUUGGUUAUGCUCAGAGCAUUCAUUUUGCCUCCCCCUUAUGGCCCUACGCUUCCUCGAAUUAUGUUACUCGGACAUGGGUUUGUGUCCAAGUGCUAGACUCGGUUAUUUUGUGAAAAGGUUUCAUUAUUUUAGAAUUGAGAGUUUCUUCCAUAACGUUGUGAGAGUGUUGAAGAUCUGACACGGUACUUAAGGAGUUGAGAAACGUAUAUCUUCCUACUCAGGUAGAUUAAGCCAUUUAUUUGGUAAAUCUGCAAGUACUGGGAGUAAUUUCAAGGUAAUAUUUCAUGACUUCCCUGGAGGAGCUGAGACAUUCGAGCUGGUUGCAAGGUUUUGCUACAAUAAUGGCAGCAUUGAGAUAAGUCCGACUAAUUUAAGCUUCCUUCAUUCUGCGGCUUACUUCAUGGAAAUGAGCAGAUCUGUGUCUGGGACAGAGAAUCUAAUUGAGCUCACUGAAAAAGCACUUGAAGAGAUAAGCUACUGGACUUGGCCAGAUCUUUUGUUGGCUUUAAAGCAAAACCAAAAUUUGCCUGAAGAUGUCAAAACUGCUGGUGUAGUUCAGAAAUGUUUGGAUACUCUUGUAGGAAGGUUGGCAGUGGCUGCUGAAACAAGCCCAUGUCCAUCUACUUCUUCACCUGAGAGCUUUGGUUUUCGGAUUUCAUGUGAUUCUCGGAGUACUGAGAGUUUGAAAACAAGCUGCUCUCGAGCAAAUUGGUGGUUUGAAGAUCUAUCAGUACUAAAUCAGAAUAUGAUUGAACUGGCUGUCAAAUCUAUGGUUUCUCGGAAGCUUGAUCAUGGGACAAUAGGUAGGUUCCUCCUCCAUUACCAGAAAUUAAAUUUUAUUUCUGCCCAAUCUGAUGAGAAAUGUAGAAUCAUUGAGAUGGUCGUCAACAAUUUAUGUUCACUUGAUCAUUGGUCUGUUCCUUUCAAGAAUUUGAUGGGGCUUUUAAGAAUUUUGCUAAACCUGAAUGUAAGUAAAUGCACCAGAAGUAGAUUAGAAGGUAUAAUUGGCUUGAGAAUGGAUGAAGCAACAUUGGAUAACCUCCUCGUUCCUUCUCCACAAGGAAUGAACUAUUUAUAUGAUGUGAACCUUGUUUUGAGGUUACUGAAAUCAUUCCUUGGUGGCGGUCUGCCUAAGGUUUCAAAUGAUAGAAUCGUCAGAGUAGCCCACUUGUUAGAUUCGUAUUUGGCAGAAGUAGCCCCAGAUCCAUGUUUAAGACCUUCCAAAUUCAUUGCACUUGCAACUGCAUUACCAGACUCAUCAAGAGACUCUUAUGAUGAAAUGUACCAUGCCAUGGAUAUGUACUUAGAGGUACAUACUGAUUUAACAGAAGAAGAAACAUUCAACAUUUGUUCUGCCUUGAACUAUGAGAAGCUCUCAGCAGAAGCCUGUGUUCACCUCUCAAAGAACGCAAAAUUUCCAUCAAGUUCUACAGUGCAAGCUCUCAUUUCUCAGCAAACAAAGCUCGAAAGCUUGCUCCAUGAUGCAAACUACCCAAAAUCAUGCUCCUCUUCCCCUGGUAUUGGAGGUGGAGCCAGAAGCCGAAAGGAUGAUUCAAGUCAACAGAUUGUGCUGUAUGCAGGAAAAUUCGAUGUUAUGACAGAGAACGAAAAUAUCAGAGCACAUUUACAAGGAAUGCAAUGCAGGGUGACAGAAUUGGAGAAAGUGUGUCAGAAAAUGCAAACUCAGGUAGCGAAGAUGAUGAGAUCAAAAUCAUCCAACAAUAUGAAUCCCAGAUCAUUACCUAGAUUCUGCUCAUAAGUUUACUUAUGGCCUUGAUAUCUUGUACUUAAAAUUUUCGCAAUUGCCAGCAUUUUAUGUACAGCAUAGGUUACUCAUCAGUCAUCAUCAGUAUGUAUUUAAAUAUUUUUUUCCUCUUCGCUAGGUUGUCACUCCCAUCCUUCUUUGUACUACCAAUUGUUAAAUGAAGUUACGCAAUAAAGAAAUCCAGGUUGCAAUGUCAAUUCCAAUAUUGUGUCUAGUUAAACAGUUUGGAUAUUAGGCUCCUGGGUUAAAAACGGAUUGGGUAUUAUAUGUACCGGGUUGUGAUUUUUUUUAAAAUAUAAAAAUACGUACUACUGUAGUGAUUUUUUUAAUA